AUCUAAAUUCGUCUGUGUCGUGUUCAGACUUCUGAGCAACUCGAGACUCAGCCUCUUUUAUUUUAAUAUAUAUUUUAUAAUUUAACGAUUAUUAUUAUUAUUUAAUUAAUAAAUCAAUUAUCAAAUUAAUUAACUAAUAAAUCAUCAAACAUUUUAAUUAAGUCAAUAAAAUUACAAGUGGAAAAUUAAAUUUUAUUUGUUAAUUUUAUAAGAAAAAUGAUUUUUUGAUUAAUUGGCCAAUUAAUUUUAAUUAAUUGAUCGCGAUUGAUUAAUUAAUUAAUUUUAUUUUUCAAUCAUAAUGAUUCAUGUGGAUGAAAGUGAUCCUGUUGGUGAAAUCGAACCAGCAUUUCCUUAUAAAGAUGUUACAGUGAGACGCGUUGAUUUUAAUAGCGAUUAUGAUCUACAAGAUGAGCUUGGGCGGGGUAAAUUUGGUACAGUAUAUUUAUGUAACGAUAAAAAAAAUAAUUUGAAAUUAGCUGUAAAAAUAGUCAACACAACAAAAAAAGAGGACAGACGUUCAGUAGAACGUGAAGUUGAAAUAAUGCGACGGUUACAGCAUCCGAGAUUGAUUCAAUUGUAUGACGCUAUUGAUACUGGAAAACAAUUUUACGUUGUAUUGGAAUUGAUUGAAGGUGGGGAAUUGUUCGAGAGGGUCAUAGAUGAUGAUUUUGUAUUGACCGAGAGAAGCUGCGCGGUUUUUAUGAGACAAAUUUGCGAGGGGAUUGAGUUUGUACACUCGCAGAAUAUUUUGCAUCUGGAUAUGAAGCCAGAAAAUAUAUUAUGCCUCACCAAAGAAGGUAACCGCAUCAAAAUAAUAGACUUUGGUCUAGCACGACAGUACGAUCCACGUAAAAAAUUACAAGUAUUAUUCGGCACUCCAGAAUUUGUCGCUCCAGAAGUCGUUAAUUUUGAUCAAAUCGGCUUUGGUACUGAUCUGUGGAGUAUUGGAGUCAUUUGCUAUGUCCUAUUGUCAGGAUUAUCACCUUUCAUGGGAGAUACUGAUGUUGAAACAAUGGCUAAUGUUACAAUAGCUAAAUAUGAUUUUGAUCAUGAAGCUUUUAAUAAUAUUUCAGAAGAUGCCAAAGAUUUUAUACGCAGCUUAUUAGUUAAAGACAAAGAAAAACGCCUGACAGCGCAUCAGUGCCGGCGGCACCGUUGGCUCGCGCCAAAAUCGAGCUCUACAAGGCCCAAAAAUGACGCCCCCAUACGCAAAAAGAAGAAGAAGAAAGAAAUUGUCAAGCCGAUUUUGCCUCUAAUUAACAAUAAUAAUAAAAAAGUGAAGAGUGAAUUAGAUGUGACGAAAGACAAUUUGAAAUUAUUCGUCGAAAGAUGGCGGGAUCACCCGAAUAGUCCAUAUUUAUUUGACGACAACGGCACAGUGGUGGGGGAAAGGGACAGACAGGAGUCGAUGUCGUUGCGAGGUCAAAGUCCGUCACCACCAGAGAGCAUUUGCAGCUUGACCUCCGACUCAGUAUUCGACGAUAGAUUAAACCUGAAUGUCCCCAACCUCACAUUUGAGCGGCGGGCAUCCGAGGGUCAGGCCCAGGAUUCUUACACCCGAGACCCUGCGUCCCAAAUUAUCAUCGCUGAGGAAAUAAUAAAAUUAUCCGAGCAUCUGAGGUCGAUAACGUGCAAUCAAGCCGUCGACAAAAUGGCGGCAAGUAGUGCUGACAAAAUGGCGGGCAAACAUUUCGGCCAUGUUGAUAUUAAGGCCCGCGUCGGUGGUAAAGCGACCGACAAAAUGGCGGGAAAACAAAAUUUUUACAUCGAAUCCAAAGUUGAUGACAAAAUGGCGGACAGCAAAAUCAGUCAUGUGGAAAAAAAUAGUGGGAACAUCAGACCGAAAGCUAGUGGCAAUAUGGCCAAUAAAAAUUUUGACAAAAUGGCGGACAAAAUUGGCCAUGCGGGUGAUGGGACUCAAGGGACUCAAGUGAUAGGGGGGAAAAUGGCCGACAAUAUGGGACUGAAAAAAUUUGGCCACGUGGCAUCGAAUAUGGGUGAUGGUACUCAAACGAUAGGGGGCAAUAUUACCGACAAAAUGGCGCCGAAAAAAGUCGGCCAUCUUGACAUUAAAUCUGGCCGUUUAUUAUCGAUGACAGAAAAUGUGAAUGACACGAAUGAAAUAAAUGAAAAACUGACAGCAAUAACUCGAGAUAGAAAAUUAAAUGGCACUAAAUUUAACCCCAGUAAAAUUUACAAGGAGUCGAAGGAAGAAUUAAUGGAGUUUAAGUUAAAUCGAUUCGAUAGAGAAGAAGAUAUCGAUUUAACGCCGCCAUGGAGGAAAUCGAGAGCAAAGCAUCGAUUCGGGGAAACUUGUCGUGAUGUUCCGCGGAUUACUAACCUAGAAAAUUUGCACAAGACAAUGAAUCUAGACGAGCCCAGUAGCGCAAAAAAUUUGCUGUUAAAAUUGCUGGACGAGUGGGACCACGAGCCUCGAGCGCGGGGGGUAAAUUCGUUGCCCAGGAAGUCGAUAAGCGUCGACUGGAACGACGAGAGCAUUGGCCGUCAGUCCAUGAACUCUUUGGCGCGGUAUUUUCAAACCGUUCAAAAUUCCCGGGAUACUUGAGUCCCUUUUUUUUUUUACUGGAGACCGGUAUUUUUUUUAGCGGGAAAAAUAAAUAGGGAAGGGGUGAAUAUUUUGAAUAUGAAAUUUAUGAGUUUUGUGUUGGCAGUAAAAGACCCAGUGCACGGCAAUUACAAGAGCAUCGGUGGCUGGCAUUGGCUCUGGAGAACCCGAUCUCGAAGGUUAGACUCAAGAGAUACGUCAUCAAGAAACGGUGGGUCAAAGCCGUCAAUACGAUACUUG